CCAUCCCAGAUGAUAAGCUCCCUGAGGGCAGAGGCUGUGUCUGUCUUCUUUACUACUGUAUCCCUAUGCCCAGCACAGUGCCUGGCAUGUAACAGGGACUCAAUAAAUAUUUGCUGAUUGAAUAACUGUAGGGAAAAUAUCACAGGGAGGUAGGUCUCAGUUCAGAAAGGGCUGUGACUCUGGCCAUUCAGUGACCUGGCCAAGGCCACUAAGCCAACAAGCAUUUCCAUAGCCUGGCCGGUUCUAGACAGAGACCUCUCUAGGGGCCUAUUCCUCCUCGGCCCACACAAGAGGGAUGGGGUAGGCAAGAAGGGAAGUCAUCAGGAUGUAAGUCAGAGAGGGAGAGAUUGAGGGGGUAUUGGGAGAACAGUGCUGGACAGAGUCCCAAAGCUCUUUUCUCAUAGCCUAGUGCUGAGGUCUCUGCUUCCCAGGUCGAAGCUCUAAAAUCUGACUUCAUUCUUCUAAAAGGUCCUGUGCCUGGUGUUUUAGUAAUAAAUCCCAACUCCGCCCCCUUAGUGACAGGCCCAGGCUCCACCUCCUAGUGUGACGACAUUUCGACUCUGCCUCCUCCGUAUGAAAUCCUGACUCCGCCCCUUCUAGUCAUUGGUCCUGGCUCCACCCCUUCCGGGUGAUAGGCAAGCCCUACCCCCAGUGCGCGCUGGGGUCCCUGUGACGUAACGGUAACGGUCUGCUUCCGGGGUGGAGCCAGGGAGGGCGGGAGUUUAGACUGCGCCGGCCCCACAGCCCCCCCUCCAGGAGACGUUCGGAGCCCGGGACAUGUCGGGACUGAAGAGAUACGAAGUGGCGCUGGAGGCAGAGGAGGAGAUCUACUGGGGCUGCUUCUACUUUUUCCCCUGGCUGCGCAUGUGGCGGAGGGAUCGGAGCUCGGCGCACCCCCGGGAGCAGAAGCUGGAGCCUCUGCGGGGUCUGAUGAGCUGUCUGUCGAGCGGCCUGGGCCCUGCUCCCCAGUCCUCACGCCGCGGCCUCCCUCCCCGCACCCCCUCCGCAGCUACCCAGCCAGCCCAUGCAUUAAAGAUUUAAUCCGUAGUCCACUGUACCGCCCUCCUGAUUCUGCCUCCGCUGCCGCCUUUUGAGCUGAGUCCUUCUCCACACAGACGGUUUCCUUAAAGUUUCCUCCCUCCCUGACAGGGUGCCCCUCAUCAGUGUCAGGCCUCCUGUUACUAUCAGUGACUGCCCUUCCCAUCACACACACCCAGCACUGUGAGUAACCCAUAUGGCGUAAACUAAAUAGUCCUGGCCUGGUGUUCCUUCCAGCUUCAUCCCCACACUGAUGUGUUCCCACUUCCCAGCCCUCUGCUCCUACCUUCUUCCUGGCAGGAUUUACCAUGGAUCUGAAGAAUCUCCCCUUUCUAGGAAUGAAUCGAAAACAUUUUAAGCCAAAAGUUGGAGGAAGUAGGCUGAAAAUGAGGGGAAGAUUCCUAGAAGCUGCCUCCCUCAGUGUGCCAUAGGGGAGUUAUUUGGGACUGCUGGGGACCUUUCCUAGAGUUAAUACCGCAACUUUUGGCUCCUCUAGUAUGACGCUCGACGGCACUGGUUAGUCUGACCCCAGGUUUGGAGGUACUUGGCAUCAGUCCACCUAGCAGUUAUUGAUAUCUGUCUCCCUGAGAGAGUCUGAUGACCACUGCUCCCUACCACCUCUUUCCGUCUUGUCACCCAAUCAGCUUGGGACCCACUAACUCCUAAAGUGAGAAGGGUCAGGGACCUCUAGGUGGCCCUGCUUUUGGUUAGGGACUGGCUCCAGUACCAGAAAGGGCACCAGAGGAGUAUGUUAAAGAGGCAGCUCAGUUUCUGGCUAGGGAGAAAGUUGACUUUCAGCCUGGGGAUGCCCCUGACACAGCAGGUCAUGUCUGGGAAGACCCCUCCUGAGGAGAAGACAUGGCCUUGUCUUUGGAGAAACCAAAGUUGGGAGAUGGAUAUGGGUACAUACCCAGAAGAAAUUGCUUCCUGUCUUCCCAGGCCUUUGCACUGAUAUGUCCAGGAAAGACCAUAAAGUGUGUGACAUAUAGCUAGCUAAUUGGAGGUCUGUGACAAGAUGAUGGCAUUUGAGCAAUUUCCUUGGGCUACACCCAAGCUCUGGGGCACAAGUCCAGACUGGAGAGUAGGAGAAAGACCCUCUGGUACUAGUGGUUCAAGAUGAGUGACCAGUAGGCUGUGGCCACUUUCAAGAAAGCACCUGAUUUCUGAGCCAUUACCUCAUAAUGUCCACACCAAACCAAAAACCGAACCCACUGCCAUCCAGUUGAUUCAAACUCAUAGUGACACUAUAGGACAUAGCAGAACUGCCCCAUUGAGUUUCCAAGGAGCACCUGGUGGAUUCAAACUGCUGACCUUUUGGUUAGCAGCCAUAGCACUUAACCACUACACCACCAGGGUUUCCAAACCCCUUCAAAUGUGCAGUACCCUGUCCAACCCUGGGCCCACAACUCACCAGGACACUGUCUGAAAACCUAAACUCCAGGCAGGGGCCUUCAAGCCUCACCCUGGGCAGGAGGAAGGAGAGGCUGGGGUUGUUCAGCCUGGAGGGGGACUAGUCCCUACUGGGGCCCAAGUCACUCCUGAUAAUAUAUUGACGCAUCUCUGCAGCGAAAAGGGCUACCCUUUCCAAGGCAAUCCUGCCCCCAGAAGACGGUUGGCGGCAGAAUAGAAGGCUGCAAAAAAAAAAAAAAAAAAACCUGUUGCAUUAAGUCAAUUCUGACUAAGAGUAACCCCACAGGAUAGAGUAGAACUGCCCCAUAGGGCUUCCAAGGCUGUGAUCUUUACAGAAGCAGACUGCCACAUUUUUCUCCCACAGAGCAGCUGGUGGGUUAGCAGCCAAGUAUUCAACCACUGCACCACCAGGGCUCCCUGGAACUGCAGAAGGAACCCCUGAAACUACCAGAUAAAGAAUGGAUUGCUGCAUUAUGACUCAGUUUAUGUUUCAAAUACAGAGCAGAACCUUUGGGUUGAAAUCCCCAGGAGUGGCAAAUUCUUCAAGGCACCAAGAUACUAAAUACAGUAGCACACCACCCACCCCACCUCACCUUAGGCAGUUCCCAGCUUCCUGGAAAGGAUAGGAUGAGGAGGGGUAGGAGUUUUGUGUUGAGUGGUGUUAUGGAUUGAACCGUGUCCCCAAAAAAUAUGUGUUCUAAAUCCUAACCCCUGUACUUGUAGUUAUAAUCCCAUUUGAGAAUGAGUUUUCUUUGUUAUGUUAAUGAGGCUGGGUUAGUAUAGGCUGUGCCUUAACUGAAUCUCUUUUAAGACAUAAAAGAGCAGAUUAAACAAGGAAGCAAGCAAGCAGAGAUGGGGGAAGACAGAUGCCAUACCACAUGAAGAUGACCAUGAUCCCCAAAGAACAGAAGCUGGAAGAGACAAAGACCUUUCCCCGGAGCCCACAGAAAGAAAGCCUUCCUCUAGAGCCAGCAUCCUGAAUUCAGACUUCUAGCCUCCUAAAUUGUGAGAAAAUAAAUUUCUGCUUGUUAAAGCCACCCAUUUGUGGCAUUUCUGUUAUAGCAGCACUAGAUAACUAAAACAGGCAGGAAGAGGGGAUUGAAGGCUGGGUAUGGGAUUAGGAGGGGCGGGGCAACAAGCAGAUGGGAAGCGGGGCACAGAAUAGAUGGGGCUGUAUCAGGAAGAUGGGAUGCAGAAGGUGUAGGGGUUUUGGAUGGGGAUAUUAUUGGACCCAGGUGAUGAGGGGGGCUGUUCCUCCAAGGCCCAUAAUAGAGAGGCUAGAAUUUGAACAGAACAAAAGGGAGGUAAUUGAGCUCUUGAGUCUGAUGUCUCAAACAAGCUGGGAACUGGGAACCCCCUCCCCACAAGACAGGUUUUCAUAUGAUGAAAACCCCAGGCUCCUGCUAACAAGAGGCUGGCAUUCCUGAAACAGGACUGGGCAAAACUAGAAGGUAAGAUAUCUUGGGCCUUUUACCUGUUUUGAAGGCAGCAGCCUGGCACCAAUGAGCUUGUAUCUUAUCUGCUCUUUUAUCCACCCCACCCUUCCUCCCUGUCUCAUCUUUCUGGGGAAAGCAGCCACAUCAUUCACUCUGAAUGUGGCUGGGCCCAGCCAAGACACCUUCUCAUCCAGAAGGGCCCACUUUGGGGACCUAUUCUCUUCAAUUUCUCCUGAUAAGCCAGGCAGGCUAGGAAAGGAAGUGAGAGGGGAAGAUGAAGGCAAGUUAGUGCUGGCCCACCCUCUGUUCCCACCCAUCCUCAACCUCCUCCAUCAGAAUCUGUGUGCUUGUGUAUGAUUGAGAGUGUGAUUGGAUGAUUGUGAAAACACAACUGUGUGAAAGUGAGUAUAAUCUGGGCUGUAUGACUCUGCCUGUGGUUGUCUGACCAUGGGUGUGACUGUGAGCUGAUCAAGUGACCGAGGUGUGACUACAAAUGUGUGGCUAUGGGUUUAUGAGUGUGAAAAUCUGUCAUCGAAUGGCACUGUGGAUCCUUGGCUGCCCUUAUUCGGUCACUGUAGCAUCAGUUCCCAAAGCAUGCACUACCCCUCUCCUCAGCUUCUCUGUCCAGGGCUUAAGAGCCCAUGGGAAAUGGCAGUCCUAGAAGAGGAAGGAGUCUGUGGCAACAGGCCAAGUGUUAGUGUCCAGGGGUCAUCACAGGCUGAGCAGGGACUUUCCCACCUGGCUCUGACUCACCUGGUGCCCCAGAUGAAAAGUAGGGGAGGAGAAGGAAUGAGAAGAAAGGAUCCAAGCUGAGCAGCAUGAAGGGGACCUUACCCACCAGCAGCCUCCUACUGCUGUUGCUGCUGAACUCAGACCCUGGGGCAGGUGAGUGCUUGGGAGUCUAGAAGGCUCGGGGUCUGUGUGAGUCGGAUAGAGAGAAAAAGGGGUCCAGGAAGCCCAGCUGUAUGAUGGGGGGGUUCUGGGCCAGGAUGCCUCUGAACACAUGGCUCCGUUGUCCUCUAGCAUUGUUAUCGCCACCCAGUAUCACCUGCUGUACUCAGCUCUACCAACAGCCACUCCCGAACAAGCUGCUGAGGAAGGUCAUCCGGGUGGACCUGCAGAAGGCUGAUGGGGACUGUCACCUCCAGGCCUUUGUGUAAGCUCUGGCCCCAUCUCUGAUACUGACCCCUGACUCUGAUCUCAGUCCCAACCCCUGACGGUGAUCCCAACUCCAGCCCCAAACUCUAAUUCUGAUACUGACUCAGGUUUUCAUCUGGACUGUGUCCUUAACCCCUGGACCCCAAACUCAUCCCCAAGCUUUGACCAUGGCUAUGGACCUUUCCCUUCCCAGGCUUCACCUGGCUCAACACAGUGUCUGCAUCCACCCCCAAAAUCACAGCCUGGCUCAGUGGUUUAAGCGUCAAGGAAAGAGAAUCCAGGGGACUCCGCCCAGCUGA